CUGUGUGUGUUGGUAACAGUCUGCUUGUACUGUUGACAAAGCAUGCCGAGUCAGAGAAAUGACUGAGCUGCAAGAGUGAGGAGAGGGAGAGAGCCUGCCGGGAGGGAGAAAGAGAGAGAGAGCGAGGGAGGAGAAGGCAUGAGCGAGAGAUGGCAAGGCUGAGAAGAGAGCGAGCCAGAGAGAAAGCAGAGAGAGCCGGAGCAUCCUUAUCCCCCAGCAGAAGGAGGAAGGAAGCGAGAGGAGUCGGAGAGUCGACGCCCUGCUUCGACUGAACGAGCAGCUCCACAUCCCUCAUCCUUCCAUCGCCGCUGAGCAGCACACAGGAGGAUACGACCCAGCAGCUCUCUCAGCGCUAAGGCUGAGAUUCGCUUUCGAAGAUAGCAGCCGAGUUUCAGGCAGAAGGAUUGUUCGGAUCAACUGAUGUAAGACCCGCCGCUACACCUGUAACAGGACUUUUUCUGCAUGUGUGGAGGAAGUUGAGAGGUAGAAGUUGCAUCUGCCUGGAGCUGUGGUUGAGGUUUUCCUGCAUGGUGGCUGCGGGUGUUUGGUGACAACCAUGGGAUGCACCACCAGUGUGGUUCUGCUGGAGGGGCUGCGCUCCAUCCUGGAGAGGAACUGUGGCUACAUCAAAGGGGCGGUGGAGCUGGGAGUUGGAGACGAGGAGGAGGAAACACCGAGUCUGAGGGGAUCUCAACUCUGGAUUCCCACCACUGCUCUGGUUAAACCAAAGAUCAUAGAGCCUCUGGACUAUGAGAACGUGAUCCUACAAAGGAAGACCCAGAUCAUCAGUGAUGUUCUACGAGACAUGCUGCAGUUCCCCACAGACGACUUCCAGAUCUCCACCCUGCAGCGCCAGGGCCGGACUCUGUUCUCCACCGUGCCAGAGACUGCUGAGAAAGAAGCUCAUUCUCUCUUUGUCCAAGAGUGCAUCAAAACCUACAAGUCUGACUGGCACGUCGUCAACUACAAGUAUGAGGAGUAUUCUGGAGACUUCCGCCAGCUCCCCAAUAAGGUGCUGAGACCUGAGAAACUGGCAGCUCACCUGUUCGAGGUGGAUGAAGAUGUGGAAAAAGAUGAGGACACAGCUUCUCUCGGCUCACAGAAGGGAGGAGUGUCAAAACACGGCUGGCUGUACAAAGGCAACAUGAACAGUGCAAUUAGUGUUACUAUGCGGUCCUUCAAGAGGAGGUACUUCCAUCUUGCUCAGCUGGGCGAUGGAUCCUACAACCUCAACUUCUACAAAGACGAGAACACCUCCAAGGAGCCCAAAGGAACCAUUUUCCUUGACUCAUGCAUGGGGGUUGUCCAGAACAGCAAAGUGCGUCGAUUUGCCUUUGAGCUGAAGAUGCAGGAUAAGAGCACGUUCCUGCUGGCUGCAGACAGCGAAGCAGAGAUGGACGAGUGGAUCAGCACCUUAAACAAGAUUCUCCACAGCAGCUUUGAGCAGGCCAUGCAGGAGAAGAGGAACGGAGACCUCCACGAUGACGAGGAGCAUCUAAAAACAGACCUUUCCUCCGGAGGUUUUCAAGACACCUUUCAGACUGCCAGAGAUAUCGAAUACAAAAUGAGAAGUGAAGCUCGCCUCAAGCUGUUUACUCUGGACCCUGACACACAGAAACUGGACUUUUCUGGCAUUGAACCAGAUGUGCGGCAGUUUGAAGAGAAAUUUGGGAAGAGAGUCCUGGUCAGCUGCAACGACCUGUCCUUCAACCUGCAGGGCUGUGUUGCAGAGAACGAAGAGGGACCGACAACUAAUGUGGAGCCUUUCUAUGUCGUCCUGUCGCUGUUCGACGUCCAGAACAGUAGAAAGAUCUCUGCCGACUUCCAUGUGGAUCUUAACCACCCGUUGGUCCGACACAUGACGUCUGCUUAUGGUAGCGGACCAAACUUGCAAAAAAUUAAUGGCGGCAGCAGUGACGGUCCCCACCGGCUGGCCAGUGAGCUGCCAGAGGGGGCCCUCCAGUACCCCAGACAAGGGGUGUUCUCCGUCACUUGCCCCCAUCCAGAGAUCUUCCUGGUUGCCAGAAUUGAGAAGGUCCUGCAGGGAGGGAUCACCCACUGCACUGAACCCUACAUGAAGAGUUCAGACUCUGCUAAGAUUGCCCAAAAGGUGCUGAAGAAUGCCAAGACAGCUUGCAGCAGAUUGGGACAGUACAGGAUGCCUUUUGCCUGGGCUGCAAGGCCUGUGUUUAAAGAUGCAUCUGGGACUUUGGACAAAAGUGCUCGUUUCUCAGCUCUUUACAGGCAGGACAGCAGCAAGCUGUCAGAUGAGGACAUGUUCAAACUGCUUACUGACUUCCGAAAACCAGAGAAAAUGGCCAAACUCCCUGUGCUCUUGGGGAACUUAGAUGUGACAAUUGAUAGCGUGGCCCCGGAUGCAACCAAUUGUGUCACUUCGUCCUACAUCCCUGUGAAGAACUUUGAAAGAAAUGGACCAGGCAGUGCUCUGCUGGAGGUGGAGGAGUUUGUGCCUUGUAUUGCCAAGUGCUCCCAACCAUUCACCAUCUAUAAAAACCACCUCUAUGUCUACCCGAAACACCUCAAGUACGACGGGCAGAAAUCUUUUGCUAAGGCGAGGAACAUCGCUGUUUGCAUUGAGUUUAAGGACUCUGAUGAGGAUGACGCCCAGCUGCUAAAGUGCAUCUACGGCCGCCCAGGAGGGCCUCUGUUCACUAAGCAGGCGUUUGCAGCCGUCCUGCACCACCAGCAGAACCCUGAGUUCUAUGAUGAGAUAAAGAUAGAGCUGCCUACUCAGCUGCAUGAGAAGCACCAUCUUCUCUUCACCUUCUACCAUGUUAGCUGUGACAGCAACAGCAAGAAGAAAGACCUGGUGGAGGCUCCAGUGGGGUCAGCCUGGCUGCCUCUGCUGAAGGAUGGCAGGGUCAUCGUGAAUGAACAGCAGCUGCCUGUGGCUGCCAAUCUACCUGCAGGAUACCUCGGCUCCCAGGACGGUGUCAACAAGCACUCUGGUUCGGAGAUCAAGUGGGUAGAUGGAGGCAAAGCUCUGUUCAAAGUCUCGACUCAUCUUGUUUCCACAGUUUACACUCAGGAUCAGCACUUGCACAACUUCUUCCACCACUGUCAAAACAUGGAGAUGUCAGAACAAGCUUCAGAGGGAGAGCUGGUCAAGUACCUGAAGAGUCUCCAUGCGAUGGAAGGUCAUGUGAUGGUGAAUUUUCUGCCCACCGUCCUCAACCAGCUGUUCUGUGUUCUUACCAGAGCAACACACGAGGAUGUGGCUGUCAACGUGACCAGGGUGAUGGUUCACGUAGUAGCGCAGUGCCACGAAGAGGGACUUGAACAUUACCUGAGAUCAUAUGUCAAGUUUGUAUUAAAGCCAGAGCCUUAUUCCUGCACCAGUGUGAAAACGGUUCACGAAGAGCUGGCCAAAGCCAUGACAGCCAUACUCAAACCUUCCACUGACUUCCUGACGAGCAACAAGCUCCUGAAGCAUUCGUGGUACUUUUUUGAAGCUCUAGUGAAAUCAAUGGCUCAUUAUCUCAUGGAAAGUGGCAAGGUCAAGCUCUCCAGGAACCAACGUUUUUCUGCCUCCUUCUACCAUGCAGUGGAGACUCUGGUCAAUAUGCUGAUGCCUCACAUUACGCAGAAAUACAAGGACAACCUGGAUGCAGCUCGCAAUGCCAACCACAGCCUGGCAGUGUUCAUCAAGCGCUGCUUCACAUUUAUGGAUAGAGGCUUCGUGUUUAAGCAGAUAAACAACUACAUGAACUGCUUUGUGCCUGGAGACCCCAAGACUCUGUAUGAAUUUAAGUUUGAAUUCCUGCGGGUGGUUUGCAACCAUGAGCACUAUGUGCCUCUAAAUCUGCCCAUGCCCUUUGGAAAAGGCAGAAUACAGAGGUUUCAAGAUCUCCAGCUGGACUACUCCCUGACUGAUGACUUCUGUCGAAACCACUUCCUGGUGGGCCUGCUGCUGAGGGAAGUGGGCGGGGCGCUUCAGGAGUACAGGGAGAUCCGUCAGAUCGCCAUCCAGGUGCUGAAGGGACUGAUGAUCAAACACACAUUUGAUGACCGCUACGCUGCCAAGAGCCAACAAGCCAGACUUGCCACUCUCUACCUCCCUCUGUUUGGCUUGCUUCAGGAGAACGUUUAUCGACUUGACAUCAAGGAGUCGACUCAUCUCAGCAGCCAUAAUAAUAUGAGGGAGGACUCUCUGGUGCCGAACUCCAUGGUGACUCCUCUGAAACCUGGAAGCUGCAUAGAAAAUGCUCUCCACAAAGAUGUGUUCGGUGUCAUCUCUGGAACCGCCUCUCCUCACAGCUCCACUCCCAACAUCAGCUCGGUUCACCACGCAGACUCCAGAGGCUCCUUGGUCUCCACCGACUCUGGAAACAGCCUGCUGGACAAGAGCAGCGACAAGACCAACUCCCUGGAGAAGAACCAGUGUGCGUCGGCUCUCGGCAGCACUGUGCUGCGCUGCGACAAACUGGACCGGGACGAGAUCAAAAACCUGCUGAUGUGUUUUCUACAUAUCCUUAAGAGCAUGUCAGAGGAGGCGCUGUUUGCUUACUGGAACAAGGCAGCGCCCUCAGAGCUGAUGGACUUUUUUACGUUAAUAGAAGUCUGUCUUCAUCAGUUCAGAUACAUGGGGAAGAGAUUUAUCGCCAGGAGCCAGGAGGGGGCGGGGCCUGUAGCUCCAGACAGGAAGUCUCUGACUCUGCCUGUGUCUCGAAACAGGGCAGGGAUCCUUCAUGCUCGCCUCCAACAGCUAGGAACUCUGGAGAAUGCUCACACCUUCAACAACAUGUAUUCUCACAUGGAGGCAGAUGUGAGCAGCCAGUGUCUGCUGGAGGCCAACGUGUCCACAGAGGUCUGUCUGACCGUUCUGGACACGCUCAGCAUCUUCAUCAUGGGAUUCAAGACCCAGCUAAACUCGGAUCUGGGUCACAAUCCCCUGAUGAAGAAAGUCUUCCAGGUGCACCUGUGCUUCCUGCAGAUCCCUCAGUCUGAAGCUGCCCUCAAGCAGGUCUUCACCUCACUCAGGACGUUCAUCUACAAGUUCCCUUGCACCUUCUUCGACGGCCGGGCCGACAUGUGUGCCUCUUUGUGCUACGAAAUCCUCAAGUGUUGCAACUCCAAGCUCAGCUCCAUCCGCAGCGACGCCGCCCAUCUUCUCUACUUCCUCAUGAAGAGCAACUUUGACUACACGGGCCGCAAGUCUUUCGUACGAACACACCUGCAGGUGGUGAUUGCUGUCAGUCAGCUGAUUGCUGAUGUCAUUGGCAUCGGCGGGACCCGUUUUCAGCAGUCGCUCUCCAUCAUCAACAAUUGUGCCAACAGUGACAAAAACAUCAAGCACACGGCAUUUCCUUCGGACGUGAAGGACCUGAUGAAGCGCAUCAGGACGGUGCUGAUGGCCACGGAGCAAAUGAAGGAGCACGAGAACGACCCGGAGAUGCUGGUGGACCUCCAGUACAGCUUGGCCAAGUCCUACACCAGCACCCCCGAGCUCCGUAAGACGUGGCUGGACAGCAUGGCUCGCAUCCACAACAAGAACGGUGAUCUGUCAGAGGCCGCCAUGUGUUACGUGCACGUCGCUGCUCUGGUGGCUGAGUACCUGUGGAGAAAAGGUAUGUUCAGACAAGGCUGCUCCUCUUUCCGCGUCAUCACCCCAAACAUCGACGAGGAGGCGGCCAUGAUGGAGGACGUCGGGAUGCAGGACGUUCACUUCAACGAGGAGGUGCUGAUGGAGCUGCUGGAGGAGUGUGGCGACGGUCUUUGGAAGGCCGAGCGUUACGAGCUAAUAGCCGACGUCUACAGGCUCAUCAUUCCCAUCUACGAACAGCGUAGAGACUUUGAGAAACUGACGCACCUGUACGACACGCUGCACCGCGCUUAUACCAAAGUGAUGGAGGUGAUGCACAGCGGCAAGAGGCUGCUGGGCACGUACUUCAGAGUGGCCUUCUUUGGACAGGGCUUCUUUGAAGAUGAGGAUGGAAAGGAAUACAUCUACAAGGAGCCAAAGUUCACUCCGCUGUCGGAAAUUUCCCAGAGGCUCCUGAAGCUCUACUCGGAUAAAUUUGGCCAGGAGAACGUCAAGAUAAUUCAGGACUCCGGCAGGGUGAACCCGAAGGACCUGGACUUGAAGUACGCUUACAUCCAGGUGACCCACGUCACACCGUACCUGGACGACAAAGAGCUGGAGGACAGGAAAACCGACUUUGAGAAGAGCCACAACAUCCGGCGCUUUGUGUUUGAGACGCCGUUCACCGUGUCGGGCAAGAAGCAGGGCGGGGUGGAGGAGCAGUGCAAACGGCGCACUGUCCUCACCACCACCCACUGUUUCCCCUACGUAAAGAAGCGCAUAGCGGUGAUGUACCAACACCAGACGGACCUGAGCCCCAUAGAGGUGGCCAUAGACGAGAUGAGCGCCAAGGUGGCCGAGCUGCGACUCCUGUGUUCGGCCUCGGAGGUGGACAUGAUCCGUCUGCAGCUCAAACUGCAGGGCAGCAUCUGUGUUCAGGUAAACGCCGGUCCUCUUGCCUACGCCAGAGCCUUUCUAGAUGACAGCAGUGCCAAGAAAUACCCCGACAACAAGGUCAAACAGCUCAAAGAGGUCUUCAGGCAGUUCGUGGACGCCUGCGGUCUGGCGCUGGGGGUGAACGAGCGGCUGAUCAAAGAAGACCAGCAGGAGUAUCACGAUGAGAUGAAGGCCAACUACCGGGACCUGACCAGGGAGCUGUCCAGCAUCAUGCACGAGCAGAUAAACCCGGUGGACGACGGCACCAGGAGCGCCCUGUCCGACUCCAUGGGCAUCUUCAACGCUAUCAGUGGCACCCCGACCGGUGCCAACCCCCCCGGCUGCUCCACCGUCCUCUGACAGCCCAACGAUCGGUCAAACCGCCCGAAGGAUCGGUCAGGGCGCCGACAUCCGUUGCUGUUUUCUCUCCUGCUCUUUCUGUCAUGAGCUGGAAAAUCCGUGGAUUGUUUUUGUUUCCUAUGGAGACUCCGGUCAGACAUUUCAAAAGCCAGAGCGUCGACUUCUCGUCAGAUUCGUGCCGUUUGUCCUCGAGAAGAGUUUGUUUUCUCGCAUGUGAGCAGGUUGAAGCCGUCCUCAGCGAGCAUGCACCCACUGCUGUGACACUGUAAUGUUCUUGUUCUUGUUCUUGCCCCAUCCAGAAGAAAACAAACUAAAAGAAAACUUCAAUUCGUGUUUUGUACCAGAGCGCUUCAAGACGGAUAAAUAAACAAAUGCCGCUGCUGUAACUGCGCGUCUAUUCUUUAGCUGAUGCACAGUAUUUUUGCAUUUCUGUUUUUUUUCUAUUCUUUUUCUAUUGUGGCCCGGUUACAGCAGCUGCAUUGUUCUGUUCAGCUCAGAGGCAUCUAUCUUUUAUCUCAGCUUGGACUUUUGAGAGAAUUAUUUACUCUAUUUUAGGCCAACGGACGUGUAUAGAACUGUCAAAGCCAAGUGAACCACGACGCUUUAACCUAUUUUCUGUUUAAAAAAAAAAAAGAGAAGCGUGUGCAAUAUUUUCUAUUGUUACCGAGGCUACCGACUGCACAGACACCACUCCUGCCAAAGACAUUAGAAGACGACGAGGGUGCGACAGUUUGUAAUCUACCCCUUUGUUUCUUUCUCUGUCAUGUCGAUCUGUGAGAUGAGAUUUUAAAAAAACGUUUUUACUCAACGACUGCUCGUGUAAAUAUGUUUACCAAUAAAUAAAAUCUGUCAUAACGCCUUC